GCCCCCGCCCCCAGCCUGACCUCUCCCGGGCAGCAACAAGUGAGCGCGGCUGGGACAGCAUGGAAGUGCUGACAGUGGAUCACGCCAACCUGCUGUCUUCCGCCUCCUCUUCCUCGUCCCUCUCCCAGCAAGAAGUAGCCACCAAGAUCAAGCAAACACACCGCCUGACGGUGCUGCUGAAGCACUGCUCUGAACAGCUGCUGGCAGAAUAUGUGCGUCACCAAGGGGAGCCAUUCAGCAGUCCAGAUUUCCAACCCCCUGCCGUGGCAGUUCCAGGGCUGCCCUCACCCUCUGUCCCCCCCGAGCCCUGGCAGGCGCUCAGCGAUGGAAAGCGGCUCUGGCACCUCGUCGCGGCCUACACCACCCUGCCCGGACUCCUGGGUUCCGUGCUGCGGCAGCAGGCCGAGCUCAACCCUUUGGCUUCGGAGCUGCAUCGGCAGCUGGAGGCUGCAGCCCGUCAGUGCCGGGGGCUGGCCGGGAACUUGGAGGGGAUCAUGGGUGCCUUGGGGGUGCCAGGCCCCCCGCCUCCUUCCUCCAGCCUGGGUGGCCCACCCCCCAGCGCCUUCCUGGCUAAGAUGAGCGGGUACCACGUGUGCCGGCUGCAUCGGGACUGGGCCAUGCGGAGCCAUGAGGCGCUCGGGCUUCUCCGCACCAAGUACCCACUGUGAGUGCCUCCAUCCUCCCCUCUGCCUCCCCAGAUACCGCUGCCCCCCACCUGUCUCUCCUGGGAACCCUGGAUCCUGCCCCCUCCCCGCAGAUAUCCCCUGCUCCUGUCAACCGUCAGGUCCUGUCCUCCAUCUGCCCCUCAGAUGAUCCCUGCCCCCCACAUGAAUCCUCCUUGCAUCUGCCCCCAAGUACCGCUGCCCCAACCAUCCCCCCAAUAAACCUCCUGCUCCCCCAUCUGCCCCCCUCAGCCCUCUGCCCUCCCUGCUCCAACUUCCGACUCUCACACACUCUCCUCCCCAGCCCUCACUGCAAAUUCCUGCGGGGGUCUCCUUUCCUGGUCGGGGAGGA